ACACAAAAAGUGCUUCGGCAGAAGGCACGGAAGCCUUAAUUUCAAAGUCACGAAAUUUCUCAGUAAUCCAUUAAAAAGUCACCACGCGUUGUAAGAGGACGGGAUUCCCCUUUUAAUCUUUUAACUCUUUCAAAAAAAGAUGGACGAAGCAUUAGCUUAUUUAGAUAAGCUGGAUUACAAGCAAUUUGUAAUUGGGUUCUCUUGUAUUGUAUAUACUUUUGAGCAAUACCUCAAUCUUCGUCAACAUCAACGUUAUUUAAAGCCUGACCGUCCCAAUGAAUUGGCAGAUAUUGUGACCAAGGAAGAUUUCAAAAAGGCACAGCUUUACAACUUUGACAAAUCUCGUUUUGGUUUCUUUGAAGGCUUGUACAAGCAAGUCGAAACCAUCUUGAUGCUUCAUUACGAUGCACUUCCCAAAAUUUGGGAUUGUGCUGGCGAACUUUUGUACAAAUUCACUGGCUAUGGAUCCGAGUAUGAGAUCCUCCAAUCUCUUGUUUUCCUUACACUCUUCAGCAUUAUCUCGACCGUAACAUCUAUGCCCUUCAGUCUUUACUCUACCUUUGUUGUCGAAGAAAAGCAUGGUUUCAAUAAGCAAACACUUGGUUUGUAUUUCGCAGACAUGUUAAAAUCUCAACUUGUGAUGGCUGUUCUCAUGUUCCCCUUUAUGUCUGCAUUUUUAUGGAUCAUCAAGUCUACUGGUGAUAAAUUCUAUUUUUAUGUUUGGUUAAUUGUUAUUGUGUUCCAACUCUUCAUCAUCACUGUGUACCCCACAUUCAUUCAACCAUUGUUCAACAAAUUAACACCCAUGGAAGAGGGCGAAUUAAGAAGCCAAAUCGAAGCCUUAGCUGCUCGUAUCGAAUUCCCUCUCAAGAAAUUGUACAUUAUUGAUGGAUCCAAGCGUUCAGGUCAUUCCAACGCUUACUUUUAUGGUUUCGGUAAGAACAAGCAUAUUGUGCUUUACGAUACCUUGAUCGACCACUCCGACAAUGAUGAAAUCUGUGCUGUUUUGGCACAUGAAUUGGGUCACUGGAAGAUGGGUCAUACAUUGAAAUUACUUGCUGUUAACCAAGUCUAUUUGCUCUCAAUCUUUUGGUUGUUCUCCUUCUUUAUUAACAACAAGCAACUCUAUCAAGACUUUGGAUUCAACACUAUGCCUACCUUGAUUGGAUUCUUAUUAUUCCAGUUCAUCUACUCACCCAUCGAGAGCGUUAUUGGAUUUUUGCAACACGUGUAUCAACGUAAAAACGAGUACGAGGCAGAUGCCUAUGCUUUAAAGUUGGGUUAUGCCUCUACUUUGCGUAGCGCCUUGAUCAAAUUGAGUGUUAAGAACUUGGGAGGUUUCAAUGUCGAUCCCUGGUACUCUGCAUGGAACCACUCGCAUCCUAGUUUAGUCGAGAGAUUAAAUGCACUCGGUGUUAAGCCUACCUCUGAUAAGCCUAUUGUUGUUGAAGACAAGAAGGAAUUAUAGACUUUCUCUUCCUUUUUUUCUUCUUCUGUAAAAACUUGAAAUAAAUAUUACAACACUUGCAUGUAAUUGAUGAAUU